AUGGCAACCACAAUCUCCUUCAUCAUCUGGGUGUUAUUCGUAACAGAUACGGUGUGGACUCGAAGUGUGAGACAGGUUUAUGAGGCAAGUGAUCCAGAGGACUGGACAAUGCAUGAUUUCGAUUGUCCCAGGGAAUGUUUCUGUCCCCCCAGUUUCCCUACUGCUUUGUACUGUGAAAACCGAGGUCUCAAAGAAAUCCCUGCUAUACCAUCAAGGAUCUGGUACCUUUAUCUUGAAAACAACCUGAUAGAAACCAUUCCUGAGAAGCCAUUCGAGAAUGCCACCCAGCUGAGAUGGAUAAACCUAAACAAGAACAAAAUAACCAACUAUGGAAUUGAGAAGGGAGCCCUGAGCCAACUGAAGAAGCUGCUUUUCUUGUUUCUGGAAGAUAAUGAGCUAGAGGAGGUACCUUCUCCAUUGCCAAGAAGCUUAGAACAAUUACAAUUAGCUAGAAACAAGGUGUCCAGAAUUCCUCAAGGGACUUUCAGCAAUCUGGAGAACCUGACUCUUCUUGACCUGCAGCACAAUAAGCUAUUAGACAAUGCCUUUCAAAGAGACACUUUUAAGGGGCUCAAGAACCUCAUGCAGCUAAACAUGGCUAAGAAUGCCCUGAGGAAUAUGCCACCAAGAUUACCAGCCAAUACAAUGCAGCUGUUCUUAGACAACAAUUCCAUUGAAGGAAUACCAGAAAAUUAUUUUAAUGUGAUUCCUAAAGUGGCCUUUCUGCGACUCAACCACAACAAAUUAUCUGAUGCUGGCCUUCCUUCUAGUGGUUUUAAUGUAUCAUCAAUUCUAGAUCUUCAACUGUCUCACAAUCAACUCACAAAGGUCCCCAAAAUCAGUGCUCAUCUGCAGCACCUUCAUCUCGAUCACAACAAAAUUAGAAAUGUGAACGUCUCUGUAAUAUGUCCUUCAACUCCUACCACACUGCCUGUGGAAGAUUCCUUCAGUUAUGGACCUCAUCUUCGCUACCUCCGUCUGGAUGGAAAUGAAAUCAAACCACCAAUCCCUAUGGAUUUAAUGACCUGCUUCAGGCUCCUUCAGGCUGUCAUUAUUUAA